UUUGACAAUUUGAGUGCUGAAGUGGUCUUGCAGCAAGUUUCACAAAAAAAUACAUUGCUCAACUAUUAGCAAAGUGCAACGUUCCUCCUAACUGGACCAUUAUCUGAUUUGCCUCAACUCGCACAGCUCUCGCGUUACCAAUCUUAGAUUGAAGUAAAUUGCUCGAGAUUAAAUAAGUUCCUGUAUGCCGUAUUACUGUGGACCUGAACACAUUCGCUCUUGGCAGUCUCGCAUUGAAAGUUGGGUUUUUCGCGUACGAGAUUCUUCAACGUAAGGAAUACCACACUCUGGGCUGGAGCAGACUGAAAUGGAGCUUCUUCUUCUUAAUUGUGGAAGUGUGAUCAAUUAGACGGUGGACGGUGCACGUGUUUUGCAGUUUUUUCUAAGUGACUCACUUGUGAAACUUGGGGUUUAGUGUGCAAAAUGUGGAAGAAAAACGGUGACGUCCAGAAGGACCGCGGCCGGGGAGGUCGCGGUGUUCCGCACGGUGACAGUCACCCGCGGUUGCGGGCCAACAGUAAGGAUUACACCGAACGGAUCUUCCACGAUGAGGAGUUUGGCGAGGAAAACGUCGAACUGGUGGACGAGGAAUGGGCCAGCUUCGAGCGUGUGUUAAGAGAUUUCCGAGAGCGUCGUCUGCUGGACGCAUCCAGGGACAAUCUUCCACAGAAGAAAAAGUCCCGCCGUAAGCGAGCUCAGGCAUUUUACCCGAUGCCCAUGCCGAGCAUGUCCGAUACGGUAGACGCGGAUAGCAUUUCGACGAUCAGCGACGACGAGGCGUACGAUACGGACGAGGAUGGCUACAUUACGACCCUCAUGUAUGGCCGCUACACCAAAGACCUAGGAGAAUACGCCAAAGAUGAAGCGCGAAGACUCAGGCUUCUUGAACGACGAAGAAAGAAAGACGAUAAAGCAAGAAACAAGGAACUGUUGGGAGUGCGGGAUAAUAAGUUUUUCAAGGCCAGCUCAUGGCUCUGGCGGAACUCGUUCGCGCGGCUUGGCGAAGACUGGGUCUUCCUGGCGCUGCUCGGAAUCAUCAUGGCACUGCUUUCCUACGUGAUGGAUAAGGGCAUCUCGAUGUGUACAAAUUCACGAGUAUGGCUGUAUCGAGAUCUGACGAACCACCCGGUGGCUCAGUACCUGGCCUGGGUGUCACUUCCGGUGUGUUUGAUCCUGUUCUCCGCCGGAUUCGUCCAUCUGGUAGCACCGCAGAGCAUAGGUUCCGGCAUUCCGGAGAUGAAAACGAUCCUGCGAGGGGUGGCACUUAAGGAGUACCUCACCUUCAAGACCCUCGUGGCCAAGGUGAUCGGACUGACGGCGACGCUCGGUUCCGGGAUGCCCCUCGGGAAGGAGGGCCCGUUUGUACAUAUAGCUAGUAUAGUAUCGCAGUUGUUAAGUAAAAUCAUCACGUCAUUCCAAUCGAUCUACGAGAAUGAGUCCCGCAACACCGAGAUGCUGGCCGCGGCCUGCGCCGUCGGAGUGGGCUCCUGUUUCGCGGCUCCGGUCGGAGGAGUUUUGUUCAGCAUUGAGGUCACCACGACCUACUUUGCGGUGCGAAACUACUGGCGCGGGUUCUUCGCGGCGGUUUGCGGCGCGACCGUGUUCCGGCUGCUGGCGGUGUGGUUCCAGAAGGCGGACACCGUGACGGCACUGUUUGCGACCAACUUUACCGCGGACUUUCCGUUCGAUCCGCAGGAGCUGUUUGUGUUUGCUCUGAUCGGUCUUAUCAGCGGCCUCGGAGGAGCAGGAUACGUGUGGGUACACCGAAAGUACGUACUUUUUAUGCGAUCUAACAAAAGGAUGAACAAAUUUUUACAAAAGAACCGUUUCCUGUACCCCGGUAUCGUGGCCCUCAUCGUGGCGACCCUUUCAUUCCCCCACGGCUUCGGUCAGUUUAUUGCCGGCGAACUGAGCACGCACGAGCAGGUGCACCAGCUGUUUUCGAACUUUACCUGGACCAAGCACGAGCUGACCGUCGAGCAGGCGGCCAUCGUGGGCAACUGGCGAACGCCGUACACCGAGGUGUUCACCAACCUGGUCCUCUACUUGCUGUUUACAUUCUUCUUAUCCAUCGUUGCCUCAACCAUUCCGGUUCCGUCUGGUAUUUUUAUUCCUGUGUUCAAGAUCGGUGCCGCGUUCGGCCGCCUGGUGGGUGAAGCGAUGCACCUCUGGUUUCCGUACGGAGUGCGUUACGGUGGCCAUCUGGCGCCGAUCAUCCCCGGGGGCUACUCGGUCGUAGGCGCGGCCGCGUUCUCCGGGGCGGUUACUCACACUGUAUCAGUGGGAGUGAUUGUGUUUGAAAUGACUGGUCAAAUUACGCACAUCGUGCCGGUGAUGAUCGCUUCGCUGGUAUCGAACGCGGUGGCAGCACUGUUGCAGCCGUCCAUGUACGACAGUAUCAUUCUGAUCAAGAAGUUACCGUAUCUACCGGAUUUGUUGCCCAGUGGGUCGGGAAUGUACAAUAUCUACGUGGAGGACUUUAUGGUUCGUGAUGUGAAAUAUAUCUGGAAGGGAAUCUCGUACCAAAAACUAAAGGAAGUGCUGAAAGCGAACAAAGGUCUUCGAAGUUUACCCAUCGUAGACAGUCCGGAUAACAAGACGCUGCUUGGAAGUGUCCAGCGGUAUGAACUCAUCAAACUUAUCGACAGGCACAUUGGACGCGAGAAGCGGCUGGAAGUGGCCGCCAAGUGGAUGAAGGAGGCCGAAGAAAAGGCUCGUGAAGAACAGGAGAGACUACAGCGUGAAACCGAGGAGAUCCUCAAAACACGUCGUCCAUCCCGGUUCGAAGUCAGUCCAGCGCCGGAUAUUCUCAAGUUGCGCGAACGAGCCAACAACGAAAUGUUGCCACCUCAAGCGAAGAAGGAAACCACCUCCGGAUUCAGUCCGGUGUUUGGUACGCAACCGAAAAAAUCCAUCCUCAAAAAGACAAACUCCUUCACCCUGAAAGGAUUUACUCCGCUCUCGCCCCACAGUCCCGUCCAGACGCCGUACACGACCAUCACCGGUACGGAGAGCCGAAUUCGUGCCGCCUUUGACAACAUCUUCCGGAAGUCGGCCACUCUGCAGGACGUUACGCCAGAUCCCGAGAUCGGCUCCAUCGGAACGCCCAGCAUCAGCGGCACGGAAGCGGGCAUUCCACUGACGCCGGGAAUCUCCAAGAAGGUCCAGCUUCCAAGAGAACGCGUCAUCGACAUGUCGCCCGAAGAUCAAAAGGCCUGGGAGUUGGAGGAAAUGGCCAAACCCAUUGACGUUGACAAUCUGCACAUCGAUCCAGCUCCGUUCCAGCUGGUAGAACGGACUUCAAUUUUGAAGGUUCACUCGCUGUUCUCGAUGGUCGGCAUCAACCAUGCGUACGUGACCAACGUGGGUCAACUUGUCGGUGUGGUAGCUCUGAAAGAGCUAAGAGUGGCCAUCGAGAAUGUGAACAGCGGUACGCUGACGCCCGAAACGGUAAAACAGAAACAGGAAGAGGAGGCGGCCAAGGCCCAAACACAGAAAGAAGCCGAAUUGGACAUCUCCAAUCCCGAGGAUCCCCUCUUACCCAAAGGAGUCAACGGUGGCUACAGCGACAAGAAAGUAAAUAACACCAUAACGUCUAUGGACUCGGCGUUAUCCAACUCGGAUAACUGCUCCGAUAUUGAACUAGAUAACAUUAAGUUUAUAAGCGAUAAGAAUAGCACCACUACCAACAACAACAUCAACAAUAGCGGAAACAGCAACAACAGUAACACAAACAGUAACGGUGGCGUUCAGCAGUAGUAAUACUCAAACUUUCCGCCCGUUUGGUCUGCCACGUUUAAUUUUUCAUCUGUCGCGUGGUUUAUCUCAAAUUGGAUAUUCAUGAUGUCCAAAUAACUUGCCAAAUACACACAAACAAGUCACUUUCCUACACACACAUACUCAAACAACAACACGUACACAUAACAUAUGGAACAAUGUUCAGUUUUGUUGGAAUUGGCAGGGAAGGCUGGACAAGGAUGACAAGGUAUUGGAUCUCAGUUUACUUAAGUGAAAAUGCUUUGAGUUUUUUCUUUGGAUGCUUGAAAUUUCGACGAGCAGCUUGCUAUUUGAAGCACUUUUCUAACCGGCUUUGCAAAAAACUAACCGAAGAAUUUGUACAAGCAUGUUUUUACCACUGUAGAUAUCAAGCACUAAUAGCUCUCUUUCUCUACUUUCUACACGCAGACGUACAUGAAAUAGGAUUGUGCUGAUGUUCUUAAAAAAAUCACCAACGUUGAAGAUAACCGGUCCAUCUUUAGUGCACCGCGCGGGAAUGUUAAGCUGGUCUUUAUGAGAAACAUGUGAUUCUAAUUUUAGCUAGUAGGUGUUAAGGCUACUGUCAGUGUAACGUGCUCAUCUGCAUCCGUUCAAAUUUGGGACAAAUUUGAAAGCGGAAUAGUAUCGCAAGCAAAGGAUAAAAGUCAUCGAAUGAGUCAAGUUUCACCUAAAUCAAUUGCAAAGCAGUGCCAAGGGAAAAUUCGUGAUGCGAAACUAGUUUAUUUUUUUCCUUUUACUUUGUAUUUCUUAGCUAUUUAACGAACAACCAAGACCCACACAUCGAUAGGAAAUUAUUCGUUAUGUUCAUGUUGAUUUGUUUCUGUUAACUUCAACUAGCAUCAAACAAUUAAAAUUAAGUUCAAUGUUUCGUCCAGGACGAACUGUAAAUAUUUAAAAUGAUCUAGACAAAUAAUUAAAAAGACAUUUUAAUUGACAAGGUGGUGAAAUACAGUCAGCAAUCACAGACUGCGUCUGACUAUCAGGAUUUCAAGUGUCACCAGCCAUAGUCAUGUCCUCAAGGAAGGUAAAUGUAACGAACGCAUGCCACUCAAGGUUAUUUAUGAAAAUAAAAGUGAAUUAAACUAUGAAA